AUGUCCUCGAUGUUUGGCAAGCCACGGGCCGCCCCCAGCACCACUGACCGUCACCUCCCCAGCCUGCUGCCUGAGUGCAACGUGGCGAUCUUAGGAUGCAGAGGAUCCGGCAAAUCAGCACUGACUGUGAAGUUUCUAACCAAGAGGUUUAUAAGUGAAUAUGAUCCCAAUUUGGAGGACACCUACACGUCAGAAGAAACUGUGGACCAGCAGCCAGUGCUGAUGAAAGUGAUGGACACGGCUGACCAGGGCGUACCGGUGAACUGCGAACGCUAUCUCAACUGGGCCAAUGCCUUCAUGGUCGUCUACAGCAUUGACAACAAAAGGAGCUUUGAAGGUUGCCAGCAGUACCUGGAUACCAUUUCCCUCCACGCGAAAGGCAUUCAGCACGAUUAUCCCAUCCUCCUGCUGGGAAAUAAGCUGGAUUUGGAGCAAUACAGACAGGUCACCAAGGCCGAAGGGGUGUCUCUAGCUGCCAAGCACGGGUGCUUGUUUUACGAGGUCUCUGCCUGCCUGGAGUUCGAGGCUGUGCAGCACGUGUUCCAUGAAGCGGCGCGGGAAGUGAGGAGGGAGAUGGAGAGGAACCUGCAGGUCCGACCGCUGUUCAUCACAGAGGAGAGGCCCUUCCUCCACCUUGCUGCCCCGACUGCCGUGGCCUCCAAGCAUGGCCUGGCUAGCUGCACGCUCAACACUCUCUCCACGGUCAACUACAAAGAGAUUCCCUCCGUGGCACAAGCCAAGCUGGUCACGGUGAAGUCGUCACGGGCUCAAAGCAAGAGGAAAGCUCCCACGUUGACCUUACUGAAGGGCUUUAAAAUAUUUUAA